AUGAAUAUUGCUCCUGUUGAGAAAAUUAAGAAAAAGGUUUCUAAACUGUCAAUUCCAGUAGUCUUUUCAACUAAGACUACUAUUGAAGAAAAUUCAGACGAAGACGUGGAAGUAGUCUGGCAAGACCCUCCUUCUGAAGCAAUACCAGAGGGAAAUCAACUAAAUACUUGCACUGAUAUUGUUGUUAGAAACAAUCCGGGUCAUUACUCUAAGUGGACAAAAGCUCAUCCUAUUGAUCAGAUCAUAGGUGACUCCAGUAGAGGGGUUCAGACCAGAAGAGCCUCCAAUGAACAAUGUUUAUACGUCAUCUUCUUAUCAUUAAUAGAACCGAAGAAGAUUGGCGAGGCUAUGGAAGAUCCAAGCUGGUUGCUAGCUAUGCAAGAAGAGCUACACCAGUUUGAAAGGAACAAGGUAUGGUACUGGGUGGCUUUCCCAGUUGGUAAAAAAGAUCCAAUUGGAACCAGAUGGGUCUUCAGGAACAAGGUAGAUGAAGUUGGCCACGUAAUCAGAAAUAAGGCCACACUGGUAGCACAAGGGUACUGCUAG